CGUCAUUAGAUGGCGCUGGUUGUAUUUGACAGAUAGGCAGAAAAGAAGGUCGUGGGUAUGGAGAGGGCAUCAGUGGCCAUGGUGCGGAGACUGUGCUCUGAAUUCAGGCGCCUCCCUGCGGGGACAGGCUCAAAUUUCAACUGCAGUUUACAAGUAAACGUACUGCCUGUCAGACACUGCAGCUCGGGAAGAAGAUCUAAUGAUGAGGAUAAAGCUCUAUUGGACCGGAUAAUCAGAGUAGACCACGCAGGAGAAUAUGGGGCCAAUCGUAUUUAUGCUGGUCAGAUGGCAGUACUGGGCCGAUCAUCUGUAGGACCCAUUAUCCAGCAUAUGUGGAAUCAAGAAAAAGAUCACUUGAAAAAAUUCAAUGAAUUAAUGGUAGCUCACAGAGUUCGCCCUACCGUUCUGUUGCCAUUUUGGAAUGUUGCCGGUUUUGUAUUGGGUGCUGGGACGGCUCUGCUUGGGAAGAAAGGUGCAAUGGCUUGUACAGUUGCGGUGGAGGCGACCAUAUCUGAACAUUAUAACAAUCAGAUCAGAAGUCUUAUGGAGAGAGACCCUGAAAAGCACAGAGAUUUACUGCAGACUAUAAAGACAUUCAGAGAUGAAGAACUUGAUCAUCAUGAUAUCGGGCUGGAACAUGACGCCGAAUUGGCUCCAGCCUAUUCCCUGCUAAAGAACGUUAUACAAGUCGGAUGUCGUGCAGCUGUGUUUUUAUCUGAGCGUGUGUGAUAGAAUCUUUUAUUCAUGGAUCCAGGCUAAUUAUGAAGAGAGACUCUAGUGAGGAUUACGUGACUCUUACAGAAUGAAGCCUUUUUUCCUAGAGCACUUAAGCAUUUUUUUAUAUACCAAGCAUAAAGGUUUUCUAUUUUACAGUCGCUUGCUGGGAGAUGUAUUAUAUUGUACAAGUAUUCUCUGAAGUGUUUCUACCAUAUGUGGAUUAAUCAUAAAACAAAUGACUUUAUAUAA